AUGUCCCCCAGUGAAUACACAACUGCAAGCGAAACUGGCGACCGUGCUACAUUGACAGGACCGCCCAGACCUGAGCUAAGCAACGACUCACGAUCAUCCUCUCCACAAGAAACCACUGCUCAGACUAUUCAAAAUGCUGGCGAUAUCUCAGAUGCGCAAGAAACUGUUGCUCCCUUAGACAAAACCGUUUGCAAUGAUGCUCUUAGCUCGAACCAACGAUGCCGUCGAACAAGACAAGCAACAUCUGUACAAGACGGACAGCAUCGAGAAGGAGGAGCAACAGAAGGAUUAGACAGCAUCAAGCAAUCGAAGAGCGGGACGUGGACGUGGCGGUAA